UGUUCAUUGCUAAAUGCAGAAACUCCAUGAAGAAGAACCUGAAGCUGUCAUUGCGAGUAUGUCAGUGUUUCACCGCGGAAUAAACGCGAAACUUCAUCCUAUUUAAGUAGAAACCUGUUCUGAAUUAGUGUUGUCUAACAUGCCUGUAUUAGUACUAUUAGUAUAAUAUAGUGGUAAUGUAAAUAUAGUUGUGUAUACAAUGGCAGUUGAGGUUUGUUUAUGAUCCAGCUUGUACAGCCGGCAUGUUGUUUUCCAUAUAUGGUCAUUUCCACCUUUUCACCUGCACUUCAAUUUUUUUUAAGUUUCUGCCGUGAUCUAAACGCAAAACCUCAGAGAAGAGCUCAGAUGGAGGACAAGGCGGCUCCUGCGUUCACGUUCGGCUUGAUUGCUGAUAUUCAGUACGCUGAUUUAAAGGACGGGUAUAAUUUUCACGGAACCCGGAAGCGUUAUUACAGGAACAGCCUGCUCCUGCUGAGAAAUGCCAUCAGACACUGGAAUGAAGAGGAAGUGAAGCCCAGCUUCAUCCUGCAGCUUGGAGACAUCAUUGACGGCUUCAACAGCAAGCACGGUGCAUCAGAUAAAGCUUUGCGGAAGGUGAUGGAUCAAUUCAGCAGAUGCUCAGCUCAGGUUCAUCAUGUGUGGGGCAACCACGAGUUCUAUAACUUCACCAGGAGUGCCCUGUUCUCCUCUGUUCUUAACAGUGAGGUCAAAGGAGAAGAGGAGAGAGAUGACAGGAUGGAUCAGGUCUACGCUUACCAUUUCAGCCCUGCUCCCCAGUUCAGAUUUGUGGUCCUGGACGGUUAUGAUCUGAGUAUCAUCGGCCGGGAGGAAUCGUGUGAGAAGUACAGUCAGUCGUUUGAGCUCAUCAAGGAGCACAAUCCUAAUGAGGAACUUAAUCAGCCUCCAGGCUUAUUUCCGAUGGAUGGAAGGUUUGUGAAGUUCAACGGAGGAUUCAGCCAAGAUCAGCUCGACUGGCUGGAUAGAUUGUUGACUAGUGCUGAUGAGAAAAGAGAAAAGGUCACGGUUGUGAGUCACCUUCCUGUUCAUCCCUACUCCACUGACUCCAUAUGUCUCGCAUGGAACUUUGAUGAGAUCCUUCCACUUCUGCAGUCUCACAAAAGCGUGGUAUGUUUCAUGGCUGGACAUGACCAUGAUGGAGGUUACUGCGUAGAUUCAGCCGGUAUUCAUCACCUCACGGUGGAGGGGGUUAUUGAGACGCCUCCAGACUGUGAUGCUUUUGGCACUGUGUAUGUAUAUGAGGACAAGAUGAUCCUCAGAGGUAACGGGAGGAUAAAGGACAGAGUGCUUAUGUAUCGAUGAGGCAAGGGAAAUAUGUUUACUAUAGCAGAAAUAUUUUUGUGUAUACUUAUACUGUAAUAUUUAUUUAACUGACAUCAAAUCAUUCAUCAAAUCAUUAUUUUAUUGCAAAUAUUUAAAAAAAAAUCCUGAAACACUUAAAGAAUAUUGUAACUUAAGGUAUUUUAUGUGCAGAAUAAAUAUUUUACUAAUUUA